AUGAUUUCCCGUGACCUGUCACUCCGAUCACAGCAACGUAACAGGGUUUCAGUUUCGGUCAGCUUGCCUGCAGAAACGACAGCUUCGACCCCAACACCCCGAGCCGUUUCCACGCUGCUCUGCUCCUCUGGAAAGGCGGCGCAAGCACGGCACCUUCGCAAGGCCGUUGCCUGCCCGGCACCUGCCCUGCCCAGGAUCGGCCCUCGGCGCUGCCACGCUCACAGCGGCAGGCGGCGGCUCCAUCCUGCCGCCCUGCCCGGGGACAGUAGCCAUGAGCGGGGACGCCCUGAGCGGCCUGUUUCCACUUCCAGUCAAGCAGCACCCCUGCCUCCCCUCAGCGCCGGCUCGGGAGCUCCCGAGGGCAGAACCCACACGAGGACACCCCCUCAACAGCCCCCCCCCCCCCGCCCCGCACACACACACACACACGGCUCCCGGUCUGAGGGGGCCCCGGCUGAGCCGGAAGAGCAGAGCGAGCGCUGCCCAGCCCGGCGGCGGCAGCGGCCCGCAGCAGACGGGGAGAGGCGCGUUAAGCGCAGCGGCCUCCAGGCCCGGGUCGCGCUGCCCCUCGCGCACCGCCCCCAACCCGGGAUGGGGCACGACGAGAGGGGCUGCCCAGGAGCAAUGGGAGGCCUACGGGCCGCCUCGGGGAAGGGGCCGCCUCGGGGAAGGGGCCGCCACCCGCCCCGCCGCCCUCGCCUCGCCUCGCCUCACCCGCCGUCCGCCGCGGCCGCGCUCUCUCACCCGCUUCUUCCACCGCGGCUCGCGACCCCCUCCCCCCCACCCCCCGGCAGCCAAUCCGCGGCCGGCCCGGCGCCAGCCCGACCAAUAGUCGCCGCGCCCGCGGGAGGCGGGACCUCGAGUGCCCUCCGCAAGGCUGCGGCGCGGCGACCUACCCGGCAGCCACUGGGCCCGGAGGAGACGGGUGAAAUCGCCCCGCCCGCCUCGCCCACUGUGACCGCCGGGUCACGUGACCGGCCCCCCCUCCAAUAA